UUGAUCUUUAUAUUUGAGGAAUUUGGAGAAAUUGCUUGCGGAGGGAUCUGGGAGGGUAAACAGAUGGCGAAUCAGGGUUUGGAGGGGAGCCAACCAGUGGAUCUAUCUAAGCAUCCUUCAGGAAUUGUUCCCACGCUACAGUAGUUCUUCGUCUCCCUCCCCCUUCUCAUUAGCUCCAAUAGUUUGGGAACAGUAUUCUGAAAUACACUCUUCGAUGGAAAUUUUGCUUUGUGAAUUAUUGACAUUUAAUCUUUUUUGCCAAAUGAUCAUCAAAGAGAGAUUCAUCUUCCAAUGUCGGCUGUGCAUGUUUUAUAUGUAUUAUUUUCCUGCAGAUUGGCUUCAUUAUGUUGUACCUGGAAAUAUUGUUUCAACUGUCAACUUGGACUGCAAGUUGGAUCUUAAAGCUAUAGCUUUGCAAGCUCGUAAUGCAGAGUACAAUCCCAAGCGUUUUGCUGCAGUUAUCAUGAGGAUAAGGGAGCCGAAAACUACAGCAUUGAUAUUUGCAUCAGGAAAAAUGGUUUGUACUGGAGCAAAGAGUGAACAGCAGUCAAAACUUGCUGCGCGAAAGUAUGCUCGCAUUAUUCAGAAGCUUGGUUUUCCAGCUAAAUUCAAGGAUUUCAAGAUUCAGAACAUUGUCGGUUCUUGUGAUGUCAAAUUUCCGAUAAGACUUGAAGGCCUUGCAUAUUCUCAUGGUGCUUUCUCCAGUUACGAACCAGAAUUAUUUCCUGGUUUGAUAUACCGAAUGAAGCAGCCAAAGAUUGUGUUACUCAUCUUUGUUUCUGGCAAGAUUGUUCUGACUGGUGCUAAGGUGAGAGAUGAAACAUACGCCGCGUUUGAAAAUAUAUACCCUGUCCUCACAGAAUUCAGGAAAACUCAGCAAGGAUAAUGGCUGGAGGAGGUCGCAGAUGAAGAGUUUGUGCACAUGCACUGGUCGCUGCUAACCGUUAUUGAUUUCAACUGUACAUAUGCGAGGAAAUCCCUUCUUGAUGCCACAGGAGUUAUCCUUAUGUUCCUAAUUAUGUAUGUUGUCUCAAUGGCUUAAUGUCUUAGCCCUAGAAAAUCAGGUUUUGUUUCUCUUUCGAGUUUUUAUUUGAAUAGCCUCGAUGGGGUUUUAAUCCGAACGUUUGUUUAGAAACCAAUGGAACUACGAAACUUUUUUCCUUUAGUUGGUCAGAUAAUAUAGGAGGAGAAGCACUCGGACUAAUCUUCUGUGAUUCCUAGUAAAUAUGUGAAUUACUGUACUAGUGAACAAGCCCUAUCGUGUUGCUCAUGUGUUACGCAUCAUUGCAUUGUUGAUCUUGUAACUUCAUUCGUCAUCAUGGGUUCACACAUAUAUAUAUAUUCCAAAUUGUAAUA